CAGCGGGGCAGCCCCGGCGCGGGGGGAAGAUGGCGGCGUCCCUGUGGCUGAGCGGCGGCGGAGAGCGGCUGCUGCGGCUGCUGCGGGCCGGGCGCUCGGCGCUGGGCGCGGGGCUCUCCCUGCCCGCCCGGGCGGGAUGGAGGCACCUGCACGGCACCUGGGAGCUGCUGGGUACACCUGGUAUUAAAGUUCUUAUGCCUGCACUUUCUCCAACAAUGGAAGAAGGAAACAUUGUGAAAUGGUUAAAAAAGGAAGGUGACACAGUGAAUGUUGGAGAUGCAUUGUGUGAAAUUGAAACGGACAAAGCAGUGGUUACCAUGGAAUCAAGUGAUGAUGGCAUAUUGGCUAAAAUACUGGUGGAAGAAGGAAGCAAAAAUGUUCGCUUGGGCUCACUAAUUGGUCUGCUGGUAGAGGAAGGCCAGGACUGGAAACAAGUUGAAAUACCAGCUGAUGCUGGUGGUCCAUCUUCUGUGGCUCCACCAGCACCUGCUCCUGCAGCUCCUUCAGUUUCAGCCCCUCCUAAACUGCAACAUCAGCCUGGGAAAUUGCAGGUUCGCUUAAGUCCUGCAGCUCGCAACAUUUUGGAGACACAUGGACUAGAUCCAAGCAAUGUUACACCUACUGGGCCUCGAGGAAUCUUCACUAAAGAGGAUGCUCUUAAACUUCUGCAAGAGAAGCAGAAAGGUAAACCCAGUGAAUUGAAACCUGUGGUUUCUCCAGCUCCUGCUGCAGUGCCUUCUCCUACACAAGCAACAGCUGUGACUUCUUAUCCAAGGCCAGCAAUUCCACCAGUUUCCACACCCGGACAACCUGGUGCACUGGGCACAUUCACAGAAAUCCCAGCUAGCAACAUCCGAAGAGUUAUUGCUAAGAGAUUAACAGAGUCUAAAACCACCAUACCUCAUGCAUAUGCUGCUGCUGACUGUGUCAUUGAUGCUGUUUUGAAAUUAAGAAAAGAAUUGGCCAAAGAUGACAUUAAAGUAUCUGUAAAUGAUUUUAUUAUCAAGGCAACAGCAGUUACUCUGAAGCAAAUGCCAGAUGUGAAUGUAACGUGGGAUGGGGAAGCCUGCAGGCGGCUGCAGUCCAUUGACAUCUCCAUUGCCGUGGCAACGGACCGAGGGCUCAUUACGCCAAUCAUAAAAGAUGUUGCUGCCAAGGGAAUAAAGGAAAUUGCUGCCUCUGCAAAGGCUUUAGCAAAGAAGGCCAGAGAUGGAAAACUACUACCAGAAGAGUACCAGGGAGGAUCUUUUAGUAUCUCCAAUCUGGGCAUGUUUGGCAUCAGUGAUUUCACAGCAGUCAUAAAUCCUCCUCAGGCGUGCAUCCUCGCCGUGGGCCGAGCAAGACCAGAGCUCAAGAUUGUGGAAGAUGAAGAAGGGAAUGAGAAACUUGAGCAGCAUCAGCUCAUGACAGUGACUCUCUCGAGUGAUGGUCGAGUGGUGGAUGAUGAACUGGCUUCAAAGUUUCUGGAGACCUUGAAAGCCAAUAUAGAGAAUCCAAUGCGACUGGCCUUAAAUUAAACUCAGUGAAGAUUGCUUCCUGUUUUGACUGCAUAGAUAACUAUUAUAUACCUAGGGUUGUUUUUCUGUAUAGAGGAGUAAAUAGCUGAAGACGGACAGUUAAAAAUAUUUAAUUUAUGAAUUAAUGUGAAAGACUCAUGAUUUUAGUCUUCUGUAAUAACCAGGUUUCGUACUGUAAAGCUAAAAGACUUUGAAGUUAAAGUACCACGUUGCUUUAAACACAUAGUACCAAUGGCACAUGUUUGCAUAGGAAAGUCAAUCUCAUCUGUAAAAAACCUCAAUAAAACUUCAUGAAAUAUAAAAAGGAAUAAUAGAAUAAUUUGGGUUGGAAGGAACUUUUAAAGGUCAUCUAGUCCAGCUUCUCCUACAGUGACCAGGGAUGUCUUCUGAGUCCCACCCACCCUGACCUUAAAUGUUUCCAGAGAUGGGGGAUCUUCUGCCUCUCUGGGCAGCCUGUACUGUCUUUUACCACCCCCACUGUAAAAAUCUUCUUUGUAUCUAGUUUGAAUCUACCUGCUUUCAGUUUAAAGUUAUCACCCUUUCUCCUAUUGCAACAGGACCUGCUAAAAAUUUGUUCCAGUCUUUCUUCAAAGCCUUCUUUAAGUAUUGAAAAAAACAGAACUUAAUUGUGCGAGCAGUGUUCUCAUAGAGGUCCCAGUAUGAAAGGUCAAAUUUUGCACCUUGAAUAGUUGCUGAUUAAUGCUGUUCUUUGCAUGGAUGGAAUGUAGAUGUAAGUAGAAAGCGUUUCAUCAUCAGUGUAUAUUGAAAUGUAACUCAGAGGCUUAAGGCUCAAAUGCAGUGGCCAAGAAUUUUAACAGAAUAAAGUUGGUGUCUUUCUUACAUAUAAAUAUGGAACCACAUAUUGCACGUAAAUGGUAUGAAAUAACUGUGUUUACAGGACCUCAUGAGAAUAUAAAUUGUCAAUAGAA